CGGCCGCCCCGGAGCGCCGUGACCUCGCCAUGACCCCGGCCGGCGCGCUGGCCGCCCUGCUGGCCCUGGCCCUGGCCCUGGCCCGGCCCGCGAUCGCCUGGCAGGACGACCUGACACCGCUGCGGCGAGUCUCGCUCGAUGAGCGCGACAUGCUGCUGUUUUCCGGCAACACGUCGCACAGCGACCACUUCAAGCUGCUGGAGAAGGACGGCAACUCUCUUCUCAUCGGCGCCAGGAACAUCGUGUUCAACCUCAGCCUGACAGACUUCACGGAGCACCGACAGGAGCGUCUCGAGUGGUACUCUGCCGACCAGGACGUCCGGCUCUGCAACAUGAAGGGCUUAAGCGAGGAGGCGUGCCACAACUACGUGCGCGUGCUGGCCAAGAAGGAGGACGGCCAGCUGUUCGUGUGCGGCACCAACUCCUACAACCCCAAGUGUCGCAGCUACAGGAAGAAGCCGGGCCUGGGGUACGUGCCGGACGGGAAGGAGGUGGACGGCAAGGGCAUCUGCCCGUACGACCCGAAUCACAACAGCACGGUGGCAUUCGUCGGUGGUCAGCUGUACGCGGGCACGGUGGCCGACUUCGCCGGCUCGGACCCGCUCAUCUACCGGCACCCGCUGCGCACCGAACAGUACGAGCUCAAGCAGCUGAACGCGCCAAGCUUCGUCGGCUCGAUGGAGCACGGCGACUUCGUGUACUUCUUCUUCCGGGAGACGGCCGUCGAGUACAUCAACUGCGGCAAGAGGGUGUACUCCCGGGUGGCCCGCGUGUGCAAGAACGACAAGGGCGGCUCGUACAAGUAUCGGAACAAGUGGACCUCGUUUCUCAAGUCGCGCCUCAACUGCUCCAUCCCCGGCGAAUACCCCUUUUACUUCGACGAGAUCCAGUCGAUCUCCUCGGUGCAAAGCGGACUGUACGGCGGCCAGCAGGAGGACAUCUUGUACGCUGUCUUCACCACCCCCACCAACAGCAUCGCGGGCUCGGCCGUCUGCGCCUUCCGCAUGGCCGACAUCAUGGAUACGUUCGAGGGGGCUUUCAAGCACCAGGACGACAUGAACUCCAACUGGCUGCCGAUCAAGCAGUCACAGGUGCCGGAGCCGAGGCCUGGACGCUGCGUGAACGACUCGCGCCGCCUUCCGGACGUGCACCUGAACUUCAUCCGCUCGCACCCGCUGAUGGACGCGGCCGUGCCCUCGCUGCACGGCCGGCCGCUGGUGAUGCGCACCAGCCUGCACCAGCGCUUCACCAAGAUCGCCGUCGACCCGCAGGUGCGCGCCGCCGACGGCGCCCUCUACGACGUCCUCUUCGUCGCCACAGACGACGGUCGCGUGCUGAAGGUGGUGAACGCGGCGUCGGGCGCCGCCGCGCCGGCCGCCGAGCCGCUGCUGGUGGAGGAGCUGCUGGUGUUUCCGGGCGGCGCGUCCAUCACCAACCUGCUGGUGUCGCGCCAGCCGGGCGCCGAGCCGCGCCUCAUCGUCGUCACCGACGACGAGAUCCGCGCCGUGCCGCUGCACCGCUGCGGCGCCGGCCGCACUGGCCACUGCUCGGCCUGCGUGCGCCUGCGCGACCCCUACUGCGCCUGGCACCCGGCGUCCGGCCGCUGCGCCGCGCUUGCCGACGCGCGGGCGCCGACCGCCGGCGCCGAAGAUGCCGUCGUUCAGAACGUGACACACGGCAUGCAUCCGCUGUGUCCGCGCGGAGAGGACCGAGAACCGAAAAUUCUCUACCAGGAGGCAACGACGACCACCACGACCAGCACGACUUCGGCGCCGGUGUUAUGUGACUGCGCUGCGGAUGCCGCCGCCACGGCCACGCCCCCCGACCCCGCCCCGCCAGUGGGCGACCCCGCCGAGGACGAGCUGGACCGGGAGCUGUACGAGGCCGCCGGCGAGGGGCAGCGAGUGCUGGACUUUGUAGAGCACACCAAGUCGUACCCGGAGGCGGCGGCCGCCGGGUCGCGCCGCUCGGGGCGGGUCUACACGGCCGAGACGCUGGCCGUGGCCGUCGUGACCACCUGUCUGCUGGCCGUGGUCAUCGGCUUCCUGUCCGGCUGGGUGUUCUCGCGGCGCUACUGGCGCACGCGCGGCGAGCGCUACUACGAGACGCCGCACCUGGACCGCCAGUCCAAGAUGAAGCAGAUGGAGGCGGCGGCCGCGGCGCAGGUCAAGCCGGAUAACAGGUGUGAGCGCAACUUCACCAACGCCGAGCCGCCGUUCUUGGUGAACAACGGCAAACACAUAAACUUAGUGGUGAACCAGACGAAAAACAGUAACGGCAAGAACGCCAACUCGGCGGCGGACAGCAAACCGCUGCAGAAAGUGCGGAAGAUGUAUCUGUAGUGCGCGCUGCGAGGAUGACUGAUCCAUCAGCAUUCCAGAGUGAUGAGCCUGCCCGCCCCGGGCGGGUGGGGCGGCCGGCGGUGACGCGGUGGAGUGCCGUCCUGCCCUCGGACACGGCACAGGCCGGCGCUGGCGCCAUCGCACGUGUGAUAGAUGAGAAACCGAGCUUCCGCGAGACCGCCACAAGUUGUGCCUCAGCGACCUGAGUGAGAUUACGGGGCGGGUCGCCCGGCGUCCGGCGGUCCUGCUGCCGACGACUGUGGACCGGCCGCCGCCUACUGUGUUUGUUCUGCUCUUUGUUCGGCCGUCGCCGGGUUUGGAUAUGUUGUCUCCGUAUUAAGCCGCUGGGAGGAUUUCUGCUGAUUUUGGAGGCCCGUGCGGUAUGGUUUCUUUUUAAGGAAUUUAUUUUUAUAGUGGCACUGGCAGCUGCGGGUGGACGCACGUACACCCUGUACAAAUGAUAAGUGCGACUAUCUUGUUCGACGAUUUUUCUCUGUGUACCGAAUCUCAACGUGCUAUCUUUUUAUGAUUUGUGGUGCCACCCGCUAGGAUGGCCGAGUGCCAAGCAUGCGUGCGUAUGUUUGCGCGAACGUCGUAUAGGACGAAGUCGGCUGGUCGCGCGGAGCUGGGAACGUUUGACAAGGGUUGGCUCCUCUCAAAGCCUCUGUAAGAAUGAGCGGGCGCAGUCACCAUACCCUGCUCGCCGCUGUGUAUGCAUGCCUCACGUGUACAUAGCCAUCAGUCAUCGAGCCGGUGUACAUAGGCGUGUGAGCGAAAUUGUCCGUGCCGUCCUGGUGUUGCCCGUUGGGUGCGCGUGUGGCGUGAAUGAGAGUUCUGUGUCGAAUAUGCAUCAUGACAAUCGUGACUCGCGCGUGUUGACGCGCCUCGUCCCCACCCGACACAUCACCUAUGAAAUCGCCGAAUAUUUAUUCGUUUUAACUCCACACACCGCCCGCUGUUUUACCCGCGGCGAUGACGAUGUUCUCGCGCGGGAACGCCCGCGCGCGUGCGUCUGGCGCGCCGGCCCCGCUCGUGGCUGUUGACCGGUCGCAUGAGGUCCGAGACCCCCAACUGUCCCUCCCCCCGAUUACCACCGAGUAGCCCCUGAUAUUAUCUUGUGCGUGUGUUCGCGGAGCUGGCCCCGCCUGGGUCUGGAGCGUGCUAGUUUGUUGUAGUGCCUUACUCGCGAAGGCUGCUCCCCCGCGCGCGCGGCGGCCACCCCCGGCUGCUGGACGUUUUCUAUACGUGCACGUGCUCGCUGUCGUGUUGUUUAGUGUAAAUAUCCGGAGAUAUGACAACUUAAAUACAUGAAUGAUGCGCUGA